CGAAAAUUUGAUCUCUUUUGAUUUUUGAAUCGUUAAUUUUUGUGACCAACUUUCAUUCGACGUUUGGUAGCAGCAGUGAUUUAUUUUUCGCAGCUGAAGGAAACCCGUUGCAUGCCUGAAUCUGGAUUCGCAUUGGCAGACAUGUCCCAAAAUUCGCCAUCGGUAAUACGUCUCCAGGGACCCAACCAUGGUGGGGAGAUCAUCAAAAGCAUUAAAGAAUCGCUGGUUAGCGGAGAGCUUAGUGACGUGCAGUUCAUAGUGGGACGGAAUUCUGGAGAAGGGAAAAGAUCGUCUCGGCGCACAAGUAGAAACCUAUCGAUAUUCCUGAUGUUACGGCGGAUGCUUUUGCCAAUUUGCUCAGUUUCCUGUACACGGGCGCAGUAGAUGAGCUGCGCGUGGAGAACGUCAUCCCGACGUGGAUGUGCGCCGAUAAAUACAAUGUGCCGCCGCUGAUUGAAAAAUGCUGGCACUUUGUCGGCGCCAAACUGAGCGUGGACAACUGUCUGACAAUGCUGGAGGAGGGAAUUGAGUGGCAUGCUGAGGAGAUUGUCACACGCUGCCUGCAGUUUAUCCACCGAUACGCUGAAGGCGUCCUGCAGUCUGAGUAUUUUUCAACUGUUAAGCUGGAGACAUUGGUGAUGAUUGUGCAAAGUCCGACACUCGUUGCUGACGAGCAUAACAUCUAUUUGGCCAUUGAAAGAUGGGCGGAGGAGGCCUGCAGAGCCGGUAACUUGGACCCAUCCGGCGCCAAUCGACGCCAGGUGUUGGGUGAAGCGUUGUUUCGAGUGCGCUUUCCCUUGCUGAGCAACACGCAGCUGGCGGAUGGGCCGGUUAAGAGCGGUUUACUGCUGCACUCCGAAGUGCACGAUCUGUAUCAGUACAAGUUCGCCACGGUGAAACCGCCGCUGCCCUUCCCCACGGAAGCGCGCGGGUUGGCCUCUUUUCGCAUCGGCGACACCGUGCUGGAGUACAGCGAACAAGUGUUCGUGCAGCGACAUCGGGAUACGAAAACCUGGCAACCAGUGGUGAUUGUGGGAGCCGAACAGGGAGAGUUCCGCUACGCCUGGCAGAGCCCGUUGGGCGCAUGGGGUGAAGACGUUGCUGCCAGCGAGCAGAUUCUGAAAGCGUCGCAGUUCCUUAAGCCCGGGCCAGGAGCUGAUGGUGGUGAUGAAGGGCGGUUUAAAGACGGGCACGUACUGUCGGGUGGACGGUGAGCAGCACGUCAUCAAGUAUAAUCAACAAGAAUGUACUGUCCGCUUCAUGGAUCUAAUGGCUCACGACCAACAGGUCGCAAUGUUUAGAGCAAAUAUCGCUCAGAUUUGAAAUCGCCCGAUGAGCCGAAGACGGAAAACUGAACGAAAACUGAACGUAUCUUACCAUUAGUGUCUGGAAAUUCCAAGUUCGCUUGACUGUUUUCGUAUCAAAAAUUUUGGAUUUCAACCCUCACCAAAUUAAAUUUCUUAUCUUGCGUUUGUCUGUUUCUUUUUCCUUUUUAUAUAUCAUGCGGUGAUGAAGUAUAGUCUGUACUGAUACAGUACGUGCUUAAAGAGAUGUAGCAGUUUUUCUUUAAACCUUUUUUGUGGUU